CUCGACUCGAUUCCGCCCACUUGUAUAUCUCCCGCGCGCCACCACCACCAUCGCGCCAUCGCGUCCAUGGAGAUGGUGGAGUGCUCGCUGCCCGCCGCCCGGGCCCCGCGCCCACUGCCCCGCCGCCUCCCGCCGCUCCCCGGCGGCAGGCCGGCUCUUGGCGCCGCCGGGAGGAGCGGCAGCCGGCUCCGGGUGCGGUCGGAGCGGACGAGGAGGAGGGACAGCCCGACGAUGCCGACGGCUGCGUCGGAGCGCGACGGCGGCGGCCGUGCCGCGCUGGGCAAGGCGGCAGCGGGGCUCGCCGCGGCGGCCGUGGUGUCGCUGACCGGGCUCGCCGCGGAGCCCCUCUCGCCGCCGCCGCCGGCGCGGGCCGAGUCGCUCACCGUCGCGUUCCCUGUCUCCAAGGCCCGCGAGGUGAACCGGGUGCAGAGGACGCUGGUGGAGGCGUGGGGGCUGAUCCGUGAGACCUUCGUGGAUCCCACCUUCAAUCACCAAGAUUGGGACAUGAGACUGCAGCAGACCAUGGUGGAGAUGUUCCCGCUGAAAUCGGAGGAUGCCGCCUAUGGUAAGAUCAGCGGGAUGCUGUCCACACUCGGCGAUCCGUUCACCAAGAUCAUCAGCCCCAAGGAAUAUCAGAGUUUCAGGAUUGGAAGCGAUGGGAGUGUCCAAGGGGUUGGGGUGUUCAUAAACAAGGAGCCUAGCUCUGGACGCUUGCUUGUUAUGGACUGCAUUGAAGGUGGCCCAGCAGAUCGAGCAGGCCUGCAUGGAGGCGAUGAACUAGUUGAGAUCGAUGGGAAGAGUGUUUCUGGGUUGGAUGGAGAAGCUGCAGCUCAGAGACUUAGAGGUCGUGUUGGAACAACUGUGAAAGUGAAAGUGUUGGAUGGCACUGAAAACGAAAGGAAUGGUAGGAUAAGACAAAAGGAGGUCCAGCUAUCUCGUGAGGUUAUCAAUCUUUCACCUCUAUCAACAGCAAUUAUCUCUCAUAGGUCGGACGAUGGCCGUGAGUGCAAAACUGGGUAUGUUAGGCUAGCUGCAUUCUCUCAGACUGCUGCAGCUGAAAUGGAAAGUGCCAUUAAGAAGAUGGAGGAUGAGGGUGUCCAGUCAUAUAUUUUAGAUCUGCGAAAUAAUCCUGGUGGUCUAGUAAAAGCAGGUCUUGACGUGGCUCAAAUGUGGUUGGAUGGAAAUGAAACUCUUGUCAACACUGUUGACCGUGAGGGAAAUGUCCUACCAAUAAAUAUGGCCCGGGGCCAUUCUUUAACACAUGAUCCCCUUGUCGUACUUGUCAAUGAAGGAAGUGCAAGUGCAAGUGAAAUCUUGGCAGGAGCAUUACAUGACAAUGGUCGUGCUAUUUUGGUCGGCCACAGAACUUUUGGAAAAGGAAAAAUACAGAGUGUGACUGAAUUGGAUGAUGGAUCUGCUCUGUUUAUCACGGUCGCAAAAUAUCUCUCUCCAGCACUGCAUGAAAUCGACCAAGUAGGCAUCCAACCUGACAUACAAUGCACCCCUGAAAUGUUAUCUUUGCCAAGAGCACCUUCGCUAAAAGAGGACGACAAAGCCACAAAUCUGGAGAUGGAUUCAUGUAUCAUGGUGGCAGAGCAAGCAUUGGAAAUUGAGAAAUCAAAGGGAUCUGCUUCGUAGGUACUUCUGUAAGCCAGAAUCCUUUGUAUGUCCACAUUUAGUUGGUCAGGUUCAUAGUGGCAUCUGCAGAUGAAAUUCAGCAUAGCUCCAUGUAUAAUAUUGUAAUCUACCGUAGGUUGUAUAGUUAGUAUAGGCUGUAAUGAUAAUAUAUAUAGGCUGAUAACUGUGAUGUUAGAUUGUAGGCAAAGAAGCACCAGAAAUUAGUUAUCUCGUCUUCAGGGGCCAAAUGCCCUUGUCAUUGAUUCGAGAUGUGUCAAUAGGAAUUUGUAAUUGUCACUUGUUAAUCAUUGCAUAUUGUCUACCAAUGCCAGUACAACAUAUUGCUUCAACAGUUAAUUGUAA